AGGUAUGAUACACACACAAUUCUUGCGGUGAAGUCUACUUUCUUCUCGCUUAUAUAAACUUAUAUGGUGGAAUUGGCGGGUGAAAAUAUGUCUGUUUCGUCUUUAAAUGGAAGUUCAAUUGAUGUGCGAUAUGGAUAUUGUGUCUUGUUCGGGGCAAUAUUCUUUUUCCAAGUUCUCAACAAGUUCGUUUCCUACUUGGGCCCUCCAAAAACUCUCAAAGAUUCUGAGGAUGAGUUUUGGAAGUAUAAAAAUGUUCUUAUCUCAUGGAUACAUGCUUGUAUAGUUGGACCAUGGACUUUAGCUUGCGCCCUCUUCCUCAAUGAAUACUGGACUGAUUCCAUCGUGUAUGUCGAGAUUUAUGGGUACAGCCUGCUAGCAUUCUCUACAGGUUACUUUUUAUACGACUGCUUUGACUGUAUAGUGAACAAUAAAGUAUUUAAAAUGUGGGAAGUUUGUCUUCAUCAUGUUGCAGUCAUAUCAACAUUUCUGUACAACUUGGUCCAAGUGAAGUUUGUCGGCUAUGUCAUUUACGCCCUUCUCGUCGAAGUAAACAGUAUCUUCCUUCAUGCUCGCAAACUGAUGCAGAUGGCAAAGGUCGACUUCAACCAUUCAUUCUACAAACUCAACAACAUAUUCAACAUUCUCACAUUCAGUAUCUUUCGCUUUGGUGCUCUCGUCAUUAUAACGUACGGUAUGGCGUCGCUGUAUGAAUACAAGAGAAUUCUCGUUCAUGGAUCUCAAGGCUAUUGUAUCACGCUGAUGGCAUCAAUGUUUACGAUGUGGGUUAUUAAUCCUAUCCUUUAUUGGAGACUCGUGAAAAAUGACUUUUUACGCAAGAAACAUUAUCGAAGCAAAUCAGAGAACAGCCUUGAUGUAAAUGGCAGCAAUAACAAUGUGAAAAAGGUCGAUUGAGAAAGUAUUAAAAAAGAUCGAUGUGUGAUGCAAGAGGAAAAAACUGAAGUGGAAGGCAGAUUUGGGCUUCCAUCAUUGCUCUUUUGAGUGCUGUAUUCUUUGUUAUAGUUUGCAUUUUACAUCAAUUAUAGCCCAAAAGUAACCAAUUGGGCUUAAGGGUUUCCAGUCCAUCCAAGGAAGAUACAUUUGUUUUAUGACACAGCAGUAGGGGAGAUGGGAGGUCACCUUGAGUAAGAGACCUUUUAGUGUUGUCAGCCCUACCAAGAACCAACAUAGUGAUUGUUGUCAUUAGUUUCCAUCUCUAAAUUACACAAAAAAUGGAUUUUUUUAACAACGACAGCAGUGAUAAUCAUUGUGUAAAUCAAGAUAUUGGCAAUGCACUGCCUGGAGCUCGGAAACAUGAUCUCAUGGAUGAUGACAUCAUGAUGUUCUCGAUACCUCGAAACAGUGUUGUACUAUCAUGUGACUUAUACAGUCCAAGUCACAAAUGACAUCUGUCCUGCUUUGUGUCAGUGACGCGCAAGUUGCACGCUUAUCUCUAUCUUUCGCAUAUUUUACACGAUUUACAGGAUGUCAGUUGUGAUUUGGACUGUAGUGUAGGUCAACACUUGGCUACAUUCGGAUGCCAAAUUUUUUCCUUUGCCAGGAGUUUACAUGUUGCGAUAUCACAGCAUUAUGCCACAUACUGCAGAUUAUGCUCUACAAAUACAAGCCGAUUUUAAUAUUGGAGCGCAGAUACAGAGAUGUGUCUUGUGGAUAGACACCUGUUUUAAAAAGAACAGCUGUGAAUAUUACAAGUGGUUUAACAUGGCGAAUGAUAUGGCAUUAUGCAUAUCGGGUCAUUAGUCUCCAUCAACCAUGUAAUGGUUGUUGGUAGGAGACUUUUGCUAUAUCUAGGAAAAUGUUCCGGCUUUUUGUUCAUAAACUCACUCGGGGCACAAGGGUGCUCUACACAUGUUAUUGAGUGUCCACCCUUGGGUUUUUGUAUGGACCGGUCAUGCCUCAUGAAGUGCUGGUGUGGGAAGUUGACAUUGAAUGUACCACAAUAAUGAAAGGGGACCUGGAGCUUCAGACUUCCAGCCGAAGAUCAUCCUGGCAAAGUUAGAAUGUAUUCCAUCCCUCAAUCUAUCACUGCAGGUGUGGGAAGUUUACGCAUACAGGUUCCACACAUCAAAACAUGUCAACAUACCAGCUACAAUGAGCUAGGGAAAUCUGCAUCGCCCAUAGCCCACAAUAUUCUUAACCAGCAGUAUUAGAUGUAUUGGCUUGUGCCUGAUUGUGUUUACUUUAUUUUUAGGCUAUAUAUCUAUCGUUCUGCACCUGUUUCUUAUCAAGAUUUAUUGUUCAGUUAAAGCGAUUUCUGUAAGGGGCGUUGCAGUUAACAGUUUCUUGGAUGGUUUGUGUAGGGAACGAAUAGCACUGUGACAAGGCUUCUGAUACACUGAGGAAUUGUUCUAUACAUGCUAUAUGAAACUUGAAGACAGUGAUGACUCUAGUACUUAAAGCAGUAGGUGUGACUCUUGAGGAAAUUACUGUAGCACACACAAAGAUGUGGGGUUUUCGUUUUGGUGGAUUGUCCAAUCAAAAGUGUUGAGAUGAGCCAAUCAGAAUUUGCCUCAUGCACCCUCUAAAUCUGCCAUUGCUCGAUAUCGAGGUGUCCUGAUUACAGAGGACAAAUUGGUACCAUAAAUCAUGUGUCCUUGCUGGAGACUGUGUACAUUUACAGAGGUGGCGACUGCGAUGGGAAGUUCCAAUGUACUUUAGAAGUCAUGUUAUGCUAAUUCCUCAUUCAUAAUCCCUAAGCUUGCUGAGGCCAGUGUAAAGUGUUUCAGGCAUAAGCAAGCAUAAGCUAAUGGCUAUGAACUAUAUUGUGAAGCCUUUGAAGGCGAUUAUUUACGAUAGUUCCAGCUCAACUCUACUGCUUUUAUUCCCUGGGUUUGUUUAUACUUUCUAUACUUCUUAAACAGAACUGAUUGUAAUGUCUUCCUUGUAAUGCUCAAACGCCAUUGGCUGAAGUCUUUCAUGAUGUAUGCCUUUUGUACAAUAUUUUUAUCGUGUUUAUAUUGCAGAAUAUACCAAUUACUAUUUUAGAUCAAGCUGUCACGUCAUGUCCAAGUAAAUUAGAGUCCACGGAUUCUACUACAUGGUGUCUCAAAAUGAAUACCAAAUACUGCUAGUGUUAUAUGUUUUAGAAAAUAUAUUUACCAGAAUAGUUUAGUAAUAGUAGUACAAAACUCAAGAUAGCUUCUGUGAAGUGUGCAUAUCCAUGUAUUUGAUGGAAUAUUUCUAGUCCUUUAGACUUCCUGUGUGAGACAGUUUCAUGUUUAUCACGCCGACUCAUUCUGAAAUCCUUCUAUCCCUUCAUUCGCUGUUAAAUUGGGAUGGCCACAGUCUCCUUGUCUGAACUGUACUUUGCAAAGGAACAAUUUUCAUGGAACUACGAGUAAAUAACUAAAUUGAUUGAUUACUGAUAUUUUUCUAUACAGUAGUUCUGAUUAAAUUGUAAAUAAAAUACUAACAUUACGUUAAGUUGGAUUGACUAAUAAGUAUAUAUUAUAUUCAAGAAAGUAGUUUAUUGUGGUUAUGACGAAUUUAGGUCAAAUGCUUCUAAUUCUAGGUGAGCCCCAUAUUUUAAUAGCGGGCUAGGUGCGCUUUCGUUUUAUUGUAGGCGAGGUCUUGUAAGUACUCACAAAUCACACAAUUUAUAUACAUCUAUGUGAUUUUUUGAAAUUUCAAGCAUUAACAUAAUGUCAAAUUUUGAUUUAAACAUCAUUGUUGACAGAUGCUGUUAUAGAUAUGAAAACUUUCCUAGAGCCAUUUCUGCACCCAACAGAAAGACACUUGCUCGUUUUGCAUUGAAGAGCUCUGCUUAGAAAAGAGACCUCACAAGAAAAACCCUUUCUACGUAUCAAAAUAUCUCUGCUUGCCUAAUCCAACUCCGAGUUUAUCUGUGAAAAAAUAUGUAGACGUUCACCCACCCAUUGUGCACAUACUUUUGUAAGCAGAUUUUAAACUAAUUUCUUAUCAACAGCUGAUAAAUGUAUGAUUUCAUCACAUUACUCAAUUGACAAAUGGUAACACCUGUUUUUUUAUUAUUGAUACAUGUACCUGGUGAUAUACAAAUAUGUGCUCCAUAUAUGUUCCAUCUUAAAUGUAUUUUGUAAUAGAACUAUACGCAAAGCUGAUAAAAUUUUCAUAUGAACAUUCUUUUACUUUUGAAAGGUGAUAAAUUUGUACAAAUGCUUCCAGCAAAGAUAUAUCAGAAGUAAUAUGUUGUAAUUUGACAAUGCAUUGAUAAUGACUGUAAAGCCUAAAAACUGAAUAAACAUGAUAUUAUUGGUUUUGAACAUGAUGCAAUCACAACUCUCUUGGUUUGGGACAACUCUCUCAUAGAGAUGGUGCUGUAACAACUACACCAAACAGAUUAACACUUUCACAGCCAGACCAAUGCUCCCUCAGACCACAGAGAGAAAAUUCUGCUUAACGUUUUUGCAAGUAGCCUUUCCAAGACCAUAGCAUCCCGAAUCAAAAGAGAAGAUUGGGCACCUCCCUACUUUCGGUUAAAAAAUAUCGAAUGACCCCUUCCAGCACCCCUCCCCUCCCCUUCCCCCCAUGGUCCAUAUAGAUGAAAGUGCGUGGUUCAGCUGUUCACGUGUUAAAGGCGUUCAUGUGCAUUCAAGGAUAUAUAUAAAUAGCAGAAUUACUGAAAUGAACGUGUAUAUUUCAAUGGUAUUUUGAUUAAUAAACU